AGAGCUCUACGACGGCGUCCGUCUCGAGGCCCGGCUACGGCGGUUCGCACGGGCAGCGGUAAGAGUUUAUCGUUUAUGCUAUCAGCGUUCUGCUCACCGGACGGCGUAACGGUAGUUAUUACACCACUUACCGCGCUUCGGACCGACUUAGAGGCGCGCCAUAAGAACAACCAGGCCGCAUCCAUCAUCUUCGUUACGCCCGAGUCCGCCGUCAAUAAAGGCUUCCAGGACUUCAUAGCACGGCUUACGUCACGACAAGCGCUCGACCGCGUCGUAGUUGACGAAUGCUACGUUAUACUAGAGGGGACCCGGUCGUUCCGGCCGAAGCUA